CCCGGUUCGACAAGCUCUUCUUCUUGACGACGUUGGGUUCUGAAAUUACGCUUCUCCUCCAUUUCGGCUGUUUAUUGUCAAGUUCUUCUUCCGACUGCAACUUGCUCUUGUCUUCCCCUCUCUGCCAUCUUCAGGUUCGCGUCAUUUGAGUCCUUUCGAUUAUAACCAUUCGUCAUAAAUUACUGCUCUUCGUCUAUGUUUAGCUCGUUAAUUACCCUUUGUUUUGGCAUCCUAUCGGUUACACUUUUCGUAUAUCCUAAACUUCUAUCGACUUCUACGCCUUUAAAUUGGCGUAAGAUCUUUCAAUCUCCUGUUAGAUAUAUAUGAAAUAUAGUGCGGGCCUUAUGAAUCUCAUCCCGACCGGGUGGCUUACGCGGCCUGCACUUGCUUAGUGCUGGAAACGCUAAGCUUACCCCUUGUGAUACGGUCGAUGACAUAUGCGACAAGUGCGAAGAUUAGGGCUCUGUCCUACCUGGGUUGGAACAUUGGAGCUAAUGAUGUGGCUAAUGGGAUGGGCACGUCGGAGGACUUCGUGGCGCUUUCACUUUUGCUGGAAGUAGCGAUUGCGUCGGUUCUGGAGUUCUUUGGGGCGCUCUCAAUGGGAACUCAUGUGACAAGUACUAUGCAUAAGAGGGUCCUUGUGGCGUCGGUGUUUCAGGGGAAGAAUUCGUUGUUGUUUGCUGGGCUUCUUUCGUCAAUUGGCUACUUCAGAUACUUUGUUGCAGGUGGUGGUGGUAGUGUGCAGCUUCAAGUGAUUCUCAACAGUUGCUACGAUCAUGGUGACUACGACAAAGGAGGUGGGCAAGAGGUUGAGGCUAUUGAGAGGAAGUUGUUACGGCUUGAGGGUGCAUGAAGACGUGAUUUGUUAUGGGCUUUAGUUUAGGGUUUUUGUUAGUUUUAAUAAAAAAUAUAUAUAUUAAUCGGUUGAGACGUACACCUCACUCUAGUAAGGCGAGACGCGCCUUAAGGCGGAUCUCAACCAAGCUGAGGCAUAAGCCUCAUAAAAAAAGCUUGAGGUGUAAGCCUCGAGGCGUUUUUCAUUGGAAUUGCGCUAAGGCGAGCCUCAUAUUGCUCAAUUUUAAACAAUGGUCAUAGUUUAUCUUCGUGAGUCAUGGUAGCGAUAUCUUCCAAAUCGAUAAACUUCCAAGAUUUGUCAUGGCUUUGAUACCAAUUUAUACAAAAUGAAAUUGCAUUCACACCAAAACAGUUAAUAAAACUAAAACAAAGAUAUUUUAACUUCCUAUUGACUGCUAUCCACAUGUCCACCACUAGCAUGAUUUUAGAUAAGCACAAUCUCAAGUUGGUUAUCCGUAUAUUUGGAUGGUUGAGUUUAUCAACGGCCUCGCCCUUCCUUUACAGUCCAGAACAAGAAGAUGGCACAAUCUGAAGAAUCUAUUAUCACUCUUUCACCCCUUGAAGCUGUAUAAUAGCCACUAAGAGAAAGGCCUACCUUCAACCAUCUCUUCUUAAUCAUGAAGAGAGGAAUCCCAAAUUAAAUCUUCCCUAAUGAUUCAACAUUGUAAAGCCCUAAACAAGAACCUAUCUCAUCUAUAUUGACAACAUCCGAACAACACACUUCCAAUCUUCCUUUCCAUAAUACCUUCCAUUCUUUCAGGUAUCCGAAUGCCGAAGAAUUCAAAGCCAAGUCUAGGGGAUUGAAACUUUCUUCUUCCCCUUCCUUUCCCAACUUCACACCCUAAAUAUCUGAGUAUAACGGAUUCUAAGCCGCUUCCAUGAUCAUAGCUUUGAAACUCUUUGCCAUGUGUAGAAGAGAGACCUUUGGAAUGCACAACACCCACCCCAAAACAAUGUCUUAAAAGAAAAGGCAAGAAAAUCAACAAUGGUGGAGACCAAUAUGUAUGUUUGCGUAAGUAUGGAGCUAAUUAUUGAUAUUGAUAAAUAUUACAUAUUUUCUAUUAUAAAGGCCUAAAACACGCCCAAGACAUGAACAAGCUUACAAAAUAACCCAUGUGGCUUGCUCGCAUAGCAUCCCAUUGGACAUGGGUUGCAAAAUGGGCUCAAAGACCAAAGACCAAUGACAACAAAGAAACGUCAAAAUCUAUUUAUGAAGCAACUGAUCCACUAUGGAGAUAGAGCCUAGGCCAAAGCCCGACCCAUAAACCAACAACUCACAAGCAUAUAAAACCCAACACAUUUACCUACCAUUGAUUCUUCAGCUCCUCCAAACAAUGGAGGUAUAUUUUGAAAUUAUUUCAAAUUUAUCUAGCAUAAUCUCAUCAUGUGCAUUGAUUUGUAUUCUUCGAUUAUGCCCCCACAGUGAUCAUUACACUAUUUUAUUGAGACAUAGGCUUCGUGUGGGACAGCUUUUUUACUGCUU